UUGGUCACCGGGUCGAGCUCGGGCAUCGGCGCGGCCACGGUGAAACAGUUUGCUCGGGCGGGUGCGCACGUGGUUAUAACCGGUCUCUACGAUGACCAGCAAAUGUCUGACGUGACCACAGAGUGCAGGAAUAUCGCUGCGGGCGGCGGUGUACUGGCACUGGCGGGUGAUGUCAACAGUGAGUCAGAUAUGCACCGAUUAGUCGACGCAACCAUAGCCAAGUUUGGCCGAUUAGACGUAUUGGUCAACUGCGCAGGCGCGCAAAAAUACGCAACUUUUACGGACACGUCAUAUAUGGACAUUUACCGCGAUAUAAUGCAAACAAAUCUGCAUUCUAUGGUAUAUUUGACACAUAUAUGUGUUGAACAUUUGGCCAAAACACGUGGUAAUAUUGUUAACAUAUCAAGCGUGUCGGCGAUACAACCGCCGCCAAAUAACUCGCCGUACAGUAUGUCAAAAGUGGCUGUAAAUAUGUUCACUAAUUGUAUGGCAGUCGAAUUGGCCCCUAAAGGCAUCCGGGUUAAUAGUGUCAUUCCAGGUAGUACUUACACAAACCUGAUCAGUUCAAUGGGGGUUGACUAUGAAAGUUUUAACGCCCAUCUGGCCUCGAAGUACCCUGUUGGCAGAUGUGGCGUGCCUGAUGAUAUUGCGUCGGCCAUACUGUAUUUAGCGGCCCCUGACUCGUCGUUUAUAACCGGCACCAACUUGGUGGUGGACGGUGGUCACCUUGCUUCAAAUUACAAUACUAAUUCC